AUGGAACGCACGUCCGAGGGGUCACCAGGCGACCCUUCCAUCACAGCGAGUAGAGAAGAAGUAGAAAGCGGCGUACCUGAGAGAUUGGAGAAUACGAGCCCUAUAGCUGUUGAUGCUGAGUUACGCAUCGUACCUAAAAGCGAAGAUGAUUAUCGGAAGAUAAUUCGUCUUUUCAAAGAGGAAAAUGUUCGUCACCAUACAUUUCCCCUGCCCUCUGAGCGUAACAUUCACGCCGUUAUUAGAAGAAUCCCAGCGUCAACUGCUGAGCAGGAAAUCAAAGAGGAGCUCGAACAGAAGGGAUAUACUCCCAUCCACGUAAUUCGCUUGAAGCGCGACGGCGGCGUGCCCAUGCCUUUGGUGGUGGUGAUCCUGCCUAAGACAGAGAAGUCACAGCAAGUGUUCAACGAACAUGAACUGCUGGGGCUCUCUAUCAGAGCUGAGGUUUGGCAUGAAAUUUUAGAUGCUGCUGCUGCAGAGCAAUAUAUUUUAUCUAUGUGUCCAUUGGGGUCUCAGCAUGAGCACAAUGACUCCGAAAUUCAACCUCAGAAUGAUUUUCAAUCUAUGUGGUCUAUGCCCCACAAUGAAAAUGACUCGACCAUUCAACUAUCUAUUAAUGAUAUGAAAUGGACAAAGAAGAAGCCUUCUGAAAUGGAUAAUGAAGCAACUCAUUUAAUGUUGUCCUUAAGAGAGGAAAAAAGUACUUACUUUGACGACAAAAGAACUAGAAAACUCAAAUUGUGGAAUGACGUAGCAAAAGAGUUAGAGGAAAAUAAUUUCCAUCUUGGAAACAAAGGAGGAGAGCGGUGUCGUCAAAAGUUUGCGGAUUUGCAAAAAACUUAUUUAUAUUACAUGAAACAUCAAACUACAACAGGAAGUGAGAUAAUUGAUGACAUUCCUCCAUUUUUUGAUGAGCUCCACUCCAUUCUAGGAUGCAAACAUAAGGUAAACCCAUGAAAUCUAGAGGAUUCAAUGGAUGAAACAUCAGAAAAUGUGAAAAAUGAAAUAGAACAGCAACAACCAGAGGAAACUCAAUUGGGUCCCUCAACAACACCACCAGUUAGCCGAUUUAAAAAAACUCGGAAGGUAACACCUGCUCGGCAUGAUGACUUGGUAAGAGAAAUGGAAAAGGAUAGAAAAAAUAAGAAGUGAAGAAUUUAGUUUUUUGAAAGAACAUUGGAAGAAAACAGAACAACAAAAGGACACGUUCUUAGAAAUUGUUGAGGCAGCUUUUGGGACAAAAAAAAGAAGAAAUCGUGACACAAACGAUUCUGACACUGACUAGUAUUAUUAUUGAUUAAUAUUUAUUUCUUUUUGUUUUUAUUUGAGAUUUUUAAAUUGUGUAAUAAAUAGUUUCUUGUUCUAAUAUUUUAGUUUUAUUCAAGGAAGACAUUGCCAAUGUGUAAUAUACCUUUUGUGAUAACUAACAAACCUUGUGUGUAGAAUAAUAAUUAAGUUAAAAUGAAAGUAGAGAUAAAUAAAAUGAAAUGCAAACCAAUAUUUGUGUUUUUUAUUCAAUCUAAAUUGAAAAAUGGUACAAUAAUAUUAUUCUAUGUUAUAUCUGCA